UUGACUUUCUGGCUCUGCACAACUCCCUGCCAGGAGGGGACAGCCGGGAAUCUUAUCCCAGAGAACAGGGACAGGAGGAGAGGGAACAGCCUCAGGCUGGGCUGGGGAGGCUCAGGGUGGACAUCAGCAGGAAUUUCCUCCUGGAAAGGGCUGGAAGGGGCUGCCCAGGAGGGUUUGGAGUGCCCAUCCCUGGAGGUGUCCAAGGAAGGAUGGAUGUGGUACUCAGUGCUCUGGGCUAAGGACAAUGUGGGCAUCGGGCACAGAUUGGACUCGAUCCCGGAGGGAUUCUCCAAUCUCCAUAACUCUGUGAUCCUGGGAAGGCUGCAAUUACUACAGUACUCCUGUGAUAUUCCUACCCAUUCCACACUCCUCAAUCUCCAGCUAGAAAUCGAUCAGGAACACUCGAGCAAAUGUAUAAAUCACAGCAAGAAUGCCCAGCUGCCAGGGCACAUUAAAAAGAAAACAGCUAAGAAAUUUAAGCACAAAAGAAACCCCACAUUUCUGAGAACCGCUCGUGUGGAGGAGCCCGAGGGGCGCCGUGGGGGGACCCGAGAGCCUGGCAGGGAGACCAAGAUCCCCUCAGGCAGCCGGCGUUUGGGAGACCGGGACCCCUUAAGGAGCUGGGAUGGGGAGACCGGGACCCCUGAGGGAGCCAGCGUUGGGGGGACAGGGACCCUCUCAAGGAGCCGGGAUGAGGAGAACAAGAGCCCCUCAGGAAGCCGGCGUUUGGGAGACCGGGACCCCCCUCAAGGAGCUGGGGCGGGGGUACCGGGAUCGCCUCAGGAAGCCGGGGUAGGGAGACGGGGACACCUCAAGGAGCCGGGGCAGGGUGACCAGGACCCCUCAGGGAACCGGCGUUGGGGGGAGCGGGACCCCCUCAAGGAACUGAGGAGGAAGCUACGAAGUGAUGUGGCAGCAGCCUUUCCCAGCCUGAGCACUGAACAACUGGCUGAGUUGGUUCCAAACAAGGAGGAGCUCAAUGUCAUCAAAAUAUACUCUCACAAAGGGGAGGCCAUCACUGUUUACAUGAACCACAGGAACCCAAUCCUGUUUGAAGUUGAGAAAGUUCUGUAUCCAACAGUGUACACUCUGUGGGUCUACCCAGACCUUCUCCCUGCCUUUGCAACAUGGCCCCCAGUGCUACAGAAACUUGCAGGAGGUGCAGACCUGAUGCUGCCAGGAGUUGUGGUGCCACCUUCUGGCCUCCCUCAAGUGCAGCGGGGCACGCUCUGUGCUGUCACCCUGCUGGGAAACAGAGCUCCCGUGGCAGUUGGAGUUGCCACCAUGUCCACAGAGGAGAUGCUGGCUGCUGGAAUGAAAGGGAAGGGCUUUGCUGUGCUGCACACCCACCUGGAUCACCUCUGGGAAUAUGGUGACAAAUCUUCUCCUCCUACCUUAGCUCCCUUGGUAACAGAUUCUGCUGCAGUGGAGAGUGCUGGAGACAAGGAGGAGCUGCAGGGGAAGGAGCCUGGCAGCAGCUGCUGCCCUGAGCCAGAGCAGCACGUGGACAUCAGGGAUUUGAGCCUGAGGGACAGAGACACUUGUGCAGAACUGCUGGGGAAGGAGGAGCUGCCUGAGAACAGAGCUGCAGAGCCAGCUGAGGAUGCCAGCACAGAGGACCAGCAGGAGGCUGAGGACAGCAGGACCCCACAAGAGCAAAUGGAUGCUUUGUUCAAUCAGUGCUUUUUCCAUGCCUUAAAAUGCAGAGUAAAGAAGUCAGAUCUCCCUCUGCUUACCAGCACAUUUCUAGGCAGCCACAUGGUCUCCUGCUGCCCUGCUGGAAAACAACUGGACAUAAAGAAAUCAAGCUAUAAGAAGUUCUCUAAAUUCCUGCAAUGCAUGCAGCACCAGAGGAUCUUACAAGUGAAGGAGCUGAGCAAAGGUGUGGAGAGCAUCGUGGACGUGGACUGGAAACACCCAGACAUUAAAGCAUUUGCAGUGCCUGAAGGAUUUUCCUCAGCCUCUGCUGCCCAAGACAGCAAAAGUGAAGACAGAGAACAAGUGUACCAUGCUCCUGAAAUCAUUCCACUCUAUGGGGUCUCCACAAAAAUGAUCCCACUCUUUCAGGAAUCUGGACACAGAAAAGGCAGCAUCCUCUCAAGCAGUGAGGUGAGAAACAUCAUCAUUAACUACGUGAAGAGUAAUGAGCUGGUUGAUGAAACAAACAAAAACUUUGUAAAGGUGAAUGCCAUAUUGUGUGACUGCCUGUUGGAUAAAUCAGAACACGAUGAGAUCUCACACCUUAAAUGGGAUGAACUCUUGAGCAGGUGCCUGGAACGACUGCAGCCCUUACACCAGGUGACAUUUUCUGGACAAGAACCCGUGGUGAGGAAAGGAAACAUUGAGCCCAUUGACAUCAGCAUUGCACAGAGAUCAUCAAACAAGAAGGUGACAAUUGUCAAGAACCUUGAGCUGUAUGGUCUGGACCCACAGUGUGUGGCCAACACUCUCCAACAGAAGGUCCAAGCCAGUGCCACCAUCAGCCCAGCACCAGGAACAAAGGACAGAGUCCAGGUCCAGAUCCAAGGCAACCAAAUCCAUCAUCUUGCCAAGAUGCUGCUCGAAGAAUAUCAGCUACCUCGGAAAUACAUCCAAGGCCUGGAGAAGGCUCCAAAGCUCGGCCGUAAGAAGUAGGAGAAAAAUCCACUGCAAGGAUUGCUCAGCUCUCAUUAUUUAUAGAAGGAUCAUGCACAGGCCCUGCUCAUUCCACAAUGAGUCCUGGACGUUUACAAGCUCUGGAAUUCACCCAAAUAAUAAUAGUGCUCCAGGUGUUCAUUUUUCAUAAAAAUAAAAAGCUCAGUGAACCCCU